CGGUCUUGACCAAUGGCGAGGAGGGACCGGCCGCAGGCCACGGUCACGUGCGUGGCGCGGGGGCGGGGCCUGAGCGCGGCCGGCAGCGAUGGCGGCGGAGCGCGGGCUGGCCAUGGCGACCUGCACGGCCCCCGUGAACAUCGCCGUGAUCAAGUACUGGGGCAAGCGAGACACCGACCUCAUCCUGCCCAUCAACUCCUCCCUGAGCGUGACCCUGCACCAGGACCAGCUCAAGACCACCACGACGGCGGCCGCCAGCCGGGAUUUCACGGAGGACCGGCUGUGGCUCAACGGGAAGGAGGUGGACGUGGGGCACCCGCGGGUCCAGGCCUGUCUGCGCGAGGUGCGGCGCCUGGCGCGGAAGCGCCGUGGGGGCGCUGAGGACGCGGCCGCGCUCAGCCUCUCCUACAAGAUCCACAUCGCCUCCGAGAACAACUUCCCCACGGCCGCCGGGCUCGCCUCCUCCGCCGCCGGCUACGCCUGCCUCGUGUCGGCGCUGGCCCGGCUCUACGGGCUGCAGGAGGAGCUGUCCGAGGUGGCGCGGCGGGGCUCGGGCAGCGCCUGCCGCAGCAUGUUCGGGGGCUUCGUGCAGUGGCAGCGCGGGGAGCGCCCCGAUGGCACCGACAGCCUGGCCCUCCAGGUGGCCCCCGAGACGCACUGGCCGGAGCUCCGCGUCCUCGUCCUGGUGGUCAGUGGGGAGAAGAAGCCGGUGGGCAGCACGGCGGGCAUGCAGACCAGUGUGGAGACCAGUCCCCUGCUGAAGCACCGGGCAGAGGUGGUGGUCCCCGAGCGCCUGGCCCAGAUGAUGCAGCACAUCCGUGACCGUGACUUUGAGGGCUUUGGCCAGCUGGCCAUGAGGGACAGCAACCAGUUCCACGCCACCUGCCUCGACACCUUCCCGCCCAUCUUCUACCUGACGGACGUGUCGCGCCACAUCAUCGCGCUGGCGCACCGCUACAACGCCCACCACGGCCACACCAAGGUCGCCUACACCUUCGACGCCGGCCCCAACGCCGUCAUCUUCGCGCUGGCCGACACCGUGGCCGAGUUCGUGGAGGUGGUGAGGCGCAGCUUCCCCCCCGCCACCAACGGGGACCAGUUUGUGCGGGGGCUGCCCGUGGGCCCGGCCGCGCUGCCGCGGGAGCUGGAGGGCGCCGUGCUGGCCGAGCCCGUGCCCGGGGCUGUGCACUACAUCCUGCACACCAAGGCUGGCCCCGGUCCCCAGCUCGUGGAUGACCCCAGCCAGCACCUCCUGGGCCCGGAUGGGCUGCCCCGGAGCCGGGCCUGACCCCGGGGACACUCGGGGACACACCAGGGGACGCUGCUGGUGCCACAGCGGGGCUCAGCACCCUGAGCCAGGCCUGCUGCAAAGCUGUCCCCAGCCCUGGCGCAGGCUGUCACCCCGGGGCUGCUUUUUAAUCUUUUGUAAGGAAAUAGAGUUCCUGGUU